AUGGGCAUCAAGCUAUGCUUUGCCUCACCCGCCAACCCCAAGAGCAACGGCCAAGUCGAGCAUGCCAAUGCUGAGAUCGUCAAAGGCCUCAAGACCAGGACGUACAACGUCCUCAAGAAGCAUGGGGAUUCUUGGCUUGAGGAACUGCCCGCAGUGCUGUGGGCCAAUCGGACCACUCCGAGUCACGCAACGGGAGAAACACCCUUCUUCCUGGUGUACGGCGCCGAGGUGGUCCUUCCCUCAGAGCUCUCCUUGGGUUCGCCCCGUGUUGCAUUGUAUAACGAGGCGAACCAGGACGAGCUCCGACGGGAUGACCUCGACUAUCUAGAAGAGCGAAGAAGGCGCGCCGCCCUUUGGGCGGCUCGCUAUCAACAGAGCUUGCGGUGCUACCAUUAG